GCUGAUGGUUUGGGAAGUAUAGCUAUAGAUACCACACAGCUUAACAUGUCAGUCACUGAUCCGACGGCUUGGGCUACAGCUAUGAAUAACCUGGGGAUGGUUCCAGUAGGACUGGCUGGACAACAACUUGUGACAGAUUCAAUCUGUGUACCAGGCUUUGAUCCAAGUCUUAGCAUGAUGACUGGAAUCACUCCGAUUAACCCAAUGAUACCAGGCAUGGGGUUAGUGCCACCACCACCACCAACAGAUGUGCCUGUAGUCAAAGAAAUAAUUCACUGCAAAAGCUGCACGCUAUUCCCUCCAAACCCAAAUCUUCCACCACCUUCAACAAGAGAAAGACCUCCUGGGUGUAAAACAGUAUUUGUUGGAGGAUUACCAGAAAAUGCGACGGAGGAAAUUAUUCAGGAAGUCUUUGAGCAGUGUGGAGAUAUAACAGCAAUUCGGAAAAGCAAGAAGAAUUUUUGUCACAUUCGUUUUUCAGAGGAGUUCAUGGUUGAUAAAGCCAUUUACCUUUCUGGUUACCGCAUGAGAUUAGGAUCUAGCACAGACAAAAAGGAUUCAGGUCGCCUUCAUGUUGAUUUUGCUCAGGCAAGAGAUGACUUUUAUGAAUGGGAAUGCAAACAAAGAAUGCUGGCCAGAGAAGAACGCCACAGACGCAAAAUGGAAGAAGACAGACUGCGCCCUCCUUCCCCUCCAGCAAUAAUGCAUUAUUCUGAACAUGAAGCUGCUUUGCUGGCUGAAAAAUUGAAAGAUGAUAGCAAGUUUUCAGAGGCCAUCACAGUGCUGCUUACCUGGAUUGAGCGAGGCGAGGUGAAUCGGCGCUCAGCAAACCAGUUUUAUUCGAUGGUGCAGUCAGCCAACAGCCAUGUUCGCCGGCUCAUGAACGAAAAGGCCGGUCAUGAGCAAGAAAUGGAGCAAGCCAAGGAGAGUUUCAAAAAUGCCUUAACAGGGAUCCUCACUCAAUUUGAGCAGAUUGUCGCCGUUUUCAACGCUUCUACCAGACAAAAAGCUUGGGACCAUUUCUCGAAAGCCCAGCGAAAGAACAUAGACAUUUGGCGAAAGCAUUCUGAGGAGCUCCGAAAUGCUCACAGUGAACAGCUCAUGGGAAUCCGACGGGAAGAGGAGAUGGAAAUGUCCGAUGAUGACAGUGGUGACAAUCCCAGUAAAAAGCUGAGAGUAGAUGAUUCAG